GCGAGAAAGUUCAGCAUGACAGGCUCAAUUCGAAUUUUUGGAAAAAAUAAAUUUCAUCCCAAAAUUACGUAGUUCGUAUUCCUCAAGGUCAAACUUCCAAAUAUGACCGACUGGCACAACUUCACACAUGAGAAUAUGUCUCCCUUCAGCUUCUUCCUGCAUGUAUGACAGUGGCCUCUCUUCUCGACAACUUGCCGACUAAUAGAUCAUGACACACUUAUUUGAUCUUGAAUUUUGACGGCUGGUUUCCCCAUGUUGAUGUCCUUAUGAGUUUGCUUUUCUCAGCAGGAAAAAUUGUCUCCUAAAACCGGAAUUCACUCAGGACUUGAGUUAGGGUGGUCAUCUAUCCGCGGACCCAUGGAUCACUAAAGUCACAGUUUGACGUAUUAGCGUCUCAGGAAAUGAUAUAUUCAGCGAGCCUCACAAUUCUCUAUUGCGGAGAACUGAAAACAAACUUCUUUCAAUAAUAUAGCUCAUUAAACCCAACCAAAAGAAUCAUUUUUCAAGUGAACGUUAUCUAUCAUGAAAUAAUGAAGUACACAUAAACCUGGAACGUGUGUCUCGAAACUUGUAUCAUAGAACAAAGUUAUGCAGUUUAUCGAUGAACGCUUUUAAAAAUUAGCAUUACUGCAGAAAAAGAUUUGCUUUGAUUGGAAUUACCAUAUGUUCCCAUAUCAUCUCUAAAGACUAAAUUUCACAGCUCAGACAAAACUUUAUGACAAUUUAACUUCAACUGAUCUGCCACCAAACAUUGAAUUAAUCGCUUUGUAAACAUUUAAGAAUAUGGCAGGGAAUGCCUCAAGCAAACGAGUCCAAUGAAGACAUAAAUUGAUGAAACAGUUUGUUCAAUGUAUGCUUGUUAGUUGCAUUUCUGAAUUUACUUUAAUAUAUAUACGUCUAUACUUCUCUUCGCUCAACUCAGUCAAUCAUUAUAGAUACUAUGUCUCAUUGGAGUGAUUAAUAACUUCUAGACGGAAGUUAGCUAGUCUCAUGAUGGCUUCAAAAAACAUGGCAAGAUGGAGGGACAAUCUGAACAGAGCGUUGUUCAAGUCCGACAACUUGCCCGAGUUUGGGGGUGACGAAAAACUACAGCGUCAGUUUGGGGAAUGCGAUGCAAUCAGUAGUGGGUUGGCUGCCAUUAGCAAAUCAAUUCAAGCCAACCAAAUUUACGAUAAAGUUUCAACUGCAGAUUCUGUAGACAUCGACCGAAAAUACCAAAAGUACCCUAACUACAAAAUAGCCCAGUCUUUACUGGCAGCUGCAGCAUCUCUCAACCCUCCCCAGGCUCCCCCAGAAGGUGUUCAAAAUGGCAGUCUUAGUGGCCACGGUGGAGCCCCCUCAUCCCCUGUUGUAGAAGUGAAGACGGUCGAAGAGCAGAACCAAGGAGUGCACCCUUUAGCGUUGGUGUUCCAAGGCAUGGCACGAGAACUCGAGAGCAUGUCUAAGCAGCAGUUCACCGUGGAAAACGAAGUCAACACUGCUAUCCUCACCGAGGCCAAAGAGUUCAUCAAUUCUUAUGAGGCUAUGAGUUCAGAGCUGAGAAAUCUACAGAAACAUUGUGUCGAUGUCUCCACUUCAGAGAAAAAUUUGGAGGAUGCGCGUAACAAGAUGUCUCGUGUUGAUCCGACGAGCGAGAACGCAAGCCAGCUGCUCGCCAAGCACCAGUCCAAAGUGGAGGCGGUACAGAAUUCACACAAGACCAACUGCGACAAAGUCGAGAGCGACAGGGAGCGGCUUCGCUGUGGAGUUCAAGGGUUUGUAAAACGAGAGGUCGAAAUCGUCCAGCUAAUGAUUCAGUACGUGGAAAACUAUAAGAACUACCACAGUUUGUGCAGCAACAUGCUCACUCGUCUGAUCCCCGAGUUGGAGAAGUGCCGAGACAGAAGUGCUCUCUCGGCCCCAUUCGACGUAGGGCUGGAACAGCACCUGGAGGAAACGAAGAGGAGCAUUGCGAUGCCAAUCGAGUUGACCUGCUCGUGGCUCUACCUUAACAACGCCUUCGCAGACCACGGCAUCUUCCGCAUAGGCGGCAAUGUCAAAACUGUCAGACAUCUGCAGGAAAAGAUUGACAGGUUCCAGGCGACGGAGGAAGACUUCACGGAAUCUUCCAGCAUGACUACUCUUCUGAAGAGCUACCUCAGAUCCCUCCAGGAGAGUCUCUUCACACAGAGGGGCCUACAAAUGCUCAAAGACACUCAUGAAAAGUUGUCUGCGAGAGGUGCCACAGAGAGCGAGUUUGCUGCCAAGUUCCAGGAGAUAAUUAAGAGUCUACCGAAAGCCAAUGUCGACAAUCUAAAAUAUAUCUUCACUGUGUUGCAUGGGGUGCUGAUGAACGAGAGUGUGAACAAGAUGUCUGCAGACAACAUCGGUACAUGCAUUGGACCAAGCUUCGAUAACACCAAACAAGAUCUAGGGGCGAUGGGGGCAGGGGGAGACUUUGCUUCUCUCAAUGUGUCUCAUACGAGUAACCAUAUAGUGGCAACACUAGUCAGAAACGCAGUCACUGUUUUCGACCUCAAAAGCGAUCCAGUUGAGUUUCGAUCAAUCAAGGACAUCCUGGAAAAUCCGCCAAUUCCGCCCUGGUCCGGUUUUCCGUCCCUCCGUGCUUCUUUCAGCUCACCCGCGCCACCAUCGCCCGCCCCCAGGAGGGAGGAGCAACCACGAAAACUGAACAGACCUGUCAGUAUACUUCACACAUCAUCAUCAUCAAAUGCGCCCCAGACACCUUCUAAAGCGUCCCUGCUUCUCCACGGAUCCCACAGGAGAUCAUCAUCAAGUGACAAAAUAUUGGUCGGAACGACGUCUUCUAGUAAUCCUCCGUUGCCGCCCAAACCCUUGCCCCCUGAUGUGUCCAAUAAAAAGAGAGCCCCAAAAGUGCCGUCUAGUAACAGCAAAUCCGAUCCUUCAUCUUUCGGGGUCUCUGGUCAAGGUAGUGAUGUGAACUUUUCAUUGAGCACGCCUUCGAAGUCGCAAGAGAACCUUGUUUCAGAAGACGACACGAGCACGGACAGUCAAAGAAAGUACGCUUUCAGCAGUCAGAGCAAACCGCGUCCACAGCCGAGAUCCGUCAAAACUUCAGCAUCAGGUGGGAGUAAAAAUGACAUCUACAACAGACCUACAGUUGCACCGCCUCCACCGCCGCCUAUAGAAACACUCCCGAAUGAUAUGCCCCAGUCCUCACCCGGAAAUGACGAGGCUGACAGUCCAGAAGAUCCGAAUAGUAAUGAUUCGACUGCAGGACAGCAUGCGAGAUACGCGAACGCAAUCGGAGACACGGAAUCAACACAUUUCUGACUUGAACCAAAAUCGAAACCUAACAAUCAAAGAUAAUGCUUUUGAGUUUUGGACUGGAUUAAACUACUUUGCGAUUAGAUUCAUAUUUUAAUAAGGCAGCAGCUUAGUGAUUUCUAGCGAAUAAAGUAACAUGUAAAUGUGUAUGAUUUGAUUUGGUUUUUUAAGGUUUGUCGCUAUAAAUACUCACAUAUCUAUCAAUCAGUAAUUAUACACUGGCUUGUACAGAAAUGGCGCCACCUUAUUUUCUUCUAUACAAUGAAAUUAAAAUUUUCAAAGUAUUAAAAGUAGAGAUGUUCAUUUAAUA